GCAAGCCAACGCAAAGUAGCCAAGAGUGGCCAGGAGUAACAAGCCAUGCCUUUUCUGAGCCUGACAUCAUCUCUCUUCAGCACAUACUAAGCAGGCAAGCAGUAUCCAAGGUAGCGUCCAACGCAGUGUGACUGACUAAGGACAAAUGCAACGCAUGAUGAUCACAGCGAGGACUAUGUUAUGUGCGAGAAAGUGGAGCAGAAAAAGACACUUUUCGCACGUGAUGCCCGAUGACCACGAAGACAUCGUCACUCUACGAGAAUCUAUCUGCCGUGAAAUCCCUUGUUUUCCCGUCGGAUCUGAGAGAGAGUGCGAUAAUGUCAUUCGCAUUUUCCGUGGCCAUGGAUUUACCGACAAGGUUGUCCGUGAAGCUAUUAUUCGAGCUCCCAGAAUGGUGGAACUUUCAAAGCAGAUUAACGAUCUUUUGUGCGUUUGGAGAGGAAUCUUUAAAGACGAAAACAACUUUUUAAAAGCUAUCGGCAGUUAUCCAGAACUUUUAUACUUGAAACCGUCAGCAAUCGAGACGCGCAGAGAUCAACUACUGACCAUAUUCCCAAGAGGAGACAUAAUGAAGCUUAUGCAGAUUUGCCCUCGUGUUUUGGUGGACGAAUGGGAGGAAGUUCUAACGAAAAUAGACUAUGUUGUGCUAACUAUGGGUAUAAAGCAAGAAGAUAUCCUAAAGAGUAAAGUCCUCAGUUACUCCCUGCCCUACAUCAAAGUUCGCCACCUGUCUCUGCUGCGAUGUGGGGUUUACAAAACGCCCAAGGAGAAGGACAGGCAGAAUAACAAUCCACCCUUAAAACAAAUAUUUGAUACCCCCACUGGACGCUUCAUUCAGUUGGCUGGACUUACUCAGGAAGAAUUUGAGGUCUUUGAGAAGAUGGUUUCCAUCUAUGAUGUUGAUGAACUAGACUAGACGAUCUGGCUAGUACAGCGAGGAUGCUAAGAAAGCCAACUCAUGUGCGUCAUUAUUUAUAAAGCAGGCCACUCGAUUUGUUGAGUCAUCAUGCCAAUGUGUUGCACUGCCUCCUAGAAGAGGUGUACAAUGUAGUCUAAUGGUUCUAAAAUUACCACCACCAUUAUACAGAUGUUGUUACAUCCAUUUUUUUGUGGAUGCAAUGAACCAUUUAGGGGCUCGUUGGGCAUUACUGAGAUUCAAAUAAAGAAAAUACAGACUUUA